CAAGGGCAAAUAAGUGGGAGAGCUCCUUCUGCUCUAUAAAAAUACCCAGGAUAGCGUAGUAGUGUAAACGUUUCAUAACUUUCCCGACAGACAGCGUGCAACUGCUGAUGUAGAACAAACCACAAAGCCAUUGUUUGAGCACAGCAUCCCUGACAAUGAACGGGGCAAACAGGAUUGUUGGCUCGUGCGAUAAUGCUUACUGUCAACAGAGCUUGCUGGAUCAUGUCCUGUUUGUACGCACAAUAGCAGAAUCCUGCAUUGAACUCUAGAGUGUAAUGUGUCCACAGUUGACUGAAGUGGCUGUCUUUAAUUCACAUUAGCCAGGCUCUCCACCUCAUGUUGAAGACAGAGUGCCAGCGCUGUUUAAGUGAAAUUUAUGACCUACGCGGAUGGCGGUGGCGUCACCACGAUUCGGCAGGUAGAAUUUCCUGAACGGUCUUGUUUCAUGUAAGCCGUGGGUGUAACGCGGGUUCGAGGGACUGCCCGUACGCGCAAAGUCGCGGUGCGUGUAGGGAUCCACCUCCAGGAAUGCGGCUCGGCAAGACGUUUCAUCCGUCUCUUCCAGUAAGCGCAUCGACGCUCCCACUUCCUGCCGGCUCAGUGCGCGGCGCAGAGCCCCGAGGAGAAGCAGCGGUUGCGGUCAUGUCUCUCUCCGAACCGCGGGGAACCCUCGCCCGUGAAACCGUCGCCCUGGAAACCCUCGCCCUGGAGCUGAGCUGCCCCGUCUGCCUGCAGCUGUUCUCCGACCCGGUGAUGCUGCCCUGCAGGCACAACUACUGCCGCGCGUGCGCGGAGGGCACCGCCCGGGGGGACCCGCCGCACCGCUGCCCCGAGUGCCGCGCGGAGUACGGCGGCGCGGACGCGCUGCGCCCCAACUUCAAGCUCCGCGGCAUCAUCGAGAGCUACAAGGCCACGGCGGAGACCACGGAGACGGCGGGGGCGGAGGAGACGACGGCGACGGUGAGCGGGGCGGUGCGGUGCGAGCACUGCCUGGGCGACGGCGAGCCCGCCGUCAAAACCUGCCUGAGGUGCGACGUGUCGCUGUGCGCCCAGCACCUGCAGCGCCACCUGCUGAGGGACGCGGCCAAGCGCCACUCGCUGGUGGAGCCGCGGCGCGGCGCGGGGCCGGCGUCGGCCUGCCCGCUGCACCGCGAGGAGCCCGAGUACUUCUGCGGCAGCGACGGCGCCUUCCUCUGCGACGCCUGCCUGGCGCAGGGCGGCCACCGCGACCACGACGUCAAGACCCUGGAGGCGGCGGAGGCGGAGUUCCGGCGGGCGCUGGAGGGCCAGGAGAAGGAGGCGCGGACCCGGCUGCAGAUGGCCGAGCUGCUGGCGCAGCGGGGCUCCGGGGACGAGGCCGUCUUCAGGGCCGCCGGCGACAAGCUGGGGGCCAAGGCCCUGGCGCUGCUGGGCGGCAUGGCGGACCUGGUGGACGGGUACCGGGCCCGGCUGGUCAAGCUGCUGGACGAGGACCGGCGGCGCCUGGAGGAGGGCUGGCGGGAGAGCCUGCGGCAGUCCGGCGAGCAGCAGCGCCUCCUGCGGGAGGCCCAGCGCGACGCGGCGGCGGUCCUGCGCGAGUCCGACCGGCGCCGCUUCGUCCGCCUCUUCCUGGAGGCGGAGCCUAGCAUCAGAGCCGCCACCGCCUCCGGGGGCCCGGCGCCGGCCCCGGCGGCGAUGCCGGCCCCGCUGGACGUGAAGAAGCUCUCUGCCGGCGCGCGGACGGACCACUUCCGGGCGGAGGUCGCGCGGCUGCUCCAGGCCCUGGUGGUCCUCCUCUGCCCGCUGGAGCUGACCUUCGACCCCAACACGGCCCACCCCAGCCUGCUCCUCUCCAACGACCUGCGGACGGCCAAGUACAGCGCCGCCAAGCUGCCCCAGCUGGACCACCCCGACAGGUUCCAGACGGCCCCCCAGGUGCUCUGCGCCCAGGGCUUCUCUGGCGGGGAGCACGUCUGGGUGGUGGAGAUGGGCCAGUGCAUGUGGUCCGUGGGCCUGUCCUACAAGAGCGUCCCCCGCAGGGGCGACCACAGCCGGCUGGGGCACAACCCGGUCUCGUGGCGCGUCCAGUGGAAGAACAGGAAGCUGACGGCGUGCCACGCCUCCUGCAACGUGGCGCUGGCCGAGGCGGUGCCGCCCUCGCGGGUGGAGGUGGCGCUGGACUACGAGGGGGGCACCCUCAGCUUCCACAGCGUCGCGGGGGGCCGGCAGCACCUGCACACCUUCCGGGCCACCUUCAGGGAGACGGUGUACCCCGCUUUCAGCAUCCACUCCACCACCCCCCAGUCCUGGAUCACCCUGCAGAGCUGAGCCCCCGCCUCCCAGGGGCAUGACCCCCCCCUAUCCGGGACACCCCACUCAAUUCAGGUUUUCGGAACAGGGACUAUGGGGUAAGGAGGCUGGGGGGUUGCUUUUUGCCAAGUGCAGUCAUCAACGUAGAAAACUGUAGUUCCCAAAAAAUGAAAAAUUCUCAAGAAUAGCAACAAAAAAAUAAUGAUAAUAAUACAUUUCCUUUUCUCAAAAAAGUUUAGUCAUGAAAUUUACGGUCACAGAGCUCACAGAGAGGGAUGAGAACUGUUUUAAAAUGUACAUAUUUGGCCUGAUGUUAAUGUUAUACUAAUACUCUCACUGUAUAUCCCCCUGAGACCAGGCAGAACAACGGUUUAAGGAUUUUCAUUUUUCCGAGUUUUUUUUUCCAUUUUUAUUGAAUGUCCCUGGUAGUGUAGGUUUCAGCAUGGUAGAGUAUGUGGUUUUCAAGAUUAAGAUCAGAGACUCAUGUUCCUUACAGGGGACAAAAAUGAAUUGGCAGGUCUUAGGAAGAUCAACACAGUCACUUUUCAAACAUGCAUAAAAAUAACUUAUCUAUAGCAAAAAAUAUCUAUAGCAAAUCGAGGUUUGGGCUUCUGGCCAGCACUGAUGUAGCGCUUGAACAGUGAGAUCUCUUUGGCCCCUUGACAAAAUGCUGAGAAAUACUGAGUUCAGACAGGCAGACUGGCCAAAUUCCUUAUGAGAACGCAAUUUUCCUGAAAAGACAGCGCAUGGUAUGUUACACAUCACCAUGAUUCAUUGGAGUUCCUCAUAUUUAUGAAUCAUAUUCCUCUCUGUGGCAGGUGCACAUUUUGAUACAAGAAGUCUUAAGAGGCUGAGGGGGAUGGUCUUCUGACGCAAGGGGGGGUUCUGUGUGUUGGUUCCUUCUUUUUCUGACUUAAUCUUCUGUUUAUCUGUCCACCAAUGCUGGUUAAUUCUUAUAUCCAACCAAAAAUGUGCACUAAGAAUGGGACAUGCAGCUACUCGUGAUUUGAUAAGCAAAGAUGUAAUAUCAGGUUUGGGGCUAAUUAAAUAAAGAGCAGAAAUUACAGCAGAACUGCAGAAGAUGCAGUGAUAAUGUCAGUGAUUAUUAACUAAUUUAAGCUUCUGUAUGAAUAGCCGGCAUGAAUCCCUGGCUUUGCAUAACUCUGGAGGUACACUUUUAUUGCUUUAAAAGCGCUGGCCAGUAUAUUCCUCUUUAACCUGUAUUCUUGUAAAGGUCAGGCUUGUCUGGACAAGAGCGUCUGCUAAAUGCCUGUAAUGUAAUGUAUCGUAACGCUUGUCUUGAUAGGUUUAGCAGUGAAUCAUAGCGUGGAUGCUAAUAUACUUGAGUGAUACAGAAUGAAUGAUCUGUUAGGGAAUAUUAGAGUAUAGAGUGGAAAAUGGGAGCACCGGGUUUAAGUGUAAUGAGCUUUGAAGAACAAUAAAGAGUGUGACCUUUUUCACU